GGCACGCCGCUGCGCCCGCUCGCCAUGCACUUCGGCCCCGUGUCCCCGUCGCUGGACCCCUCGCUCUUCUUCAGCCCAUCAGCCAGUGGCCAGCUGAACCUCAGCGUGCCCAGCCACAUGACGCAGCUGCACCCCCAGCACCAGCGCAUCCUGACGCAGCGGCAGCAGCAGGGCGGCCAGGCGCAGAGCAUCUCCCCCAAGAAGCUGUGGGCCCCCAAAGCGGACCCUUAUGGUGGGCUCAUGACGAGCAAGGAGAAGGACUGGGUCAUCAAAGUGCAGAUGAUCCAGCUCCAGAGCGAGAACAUGGAUGACGACUACUACUACCAGACCUAUUACCACCGGCUGGAGCGCAAGCAGGCCGAGGAGGAGCUGCUCGGCGGGCGCAACAAGCAGGAGCCCCCCAAGCUGGUCACGCCGUUCAUCCAGAAAGUGGAGACCUACGACUCGGUGGUGCGCAUCGCGGGCUCGCUGGGCCAGGUCGCUGUGUCCACCUGCUACAGCCCUCGCCGCGCCAUCGAUGCCGUGCACCAUGCCCUCGUGGAGGAGGCCGCAGGGAGCCACCGGCUUCGCGCGCUGCACAGGAUUGAGAGGAUGUUCCUGCAGCUGCUCGAAGUAGAAGAGACGCAGCGCAAGAUGUCCCUGGCCCCGGAGGAGCAGCAGCCCUGUUUUGAGGAGCAGAAGAGCCAGGAAGUGGGGCGCAUCUACCAGGCCCUGAAAAUCAAGACCUGCAGCAGUGAGGAGGAGGCAGAGGACGAGUUCUUGCAAGUCCUGUGUGUCCGCAAGGGCAAGAAGCUGACGGCCCGGCUGCUGCCCCACCUGGCCGAGGAGCAGGCGGAGCAGAUCCUGCUGACCAUCACCCACCACCUGCCCUUCCUCAUGAAGAAGGACCUGCUGGACGAGUCUCUCCCCCUGCUCUACGGCCCUCUCAAUGAGAUGGUGGGCAGGACAACCUUCAGCAAGCUCAUCGAGGUCCUGCAGGAGAUGACCAGGCCUCUGCCUGAGUCCACCGAGCUCSCGCUCACCUUGGCCUUGAAGAACCAGUUUGGGAUCUCUCUGCUCUACGCCCUGUUGAGUCACGGCGAGAAGCUGCUGUCCUCCGAUGCGCCGCUGGAGCCGCACACGGGCGACUUUGAGAAGUGGACGGACACCGUGUUCCUGGUUGCUCGGGAACUCUCUCAAGUACCCAAGACCUCCCUGGUGGAGCCUCUCUUUUUGCCCAGCAACCUCCUCUCGCUCUUCUGCCGCUACCUGGACAAGCAGACCAUCCACCACYUGGAGGCCAAGAUGGAGUGA